UCAUGCUCUCUCUCCUCACUCCCUCCAUCCCUCUCGCCUUUUGAUCACUUUGGUCCCUUGCUCCACUCCCUCUCUCCUACUUACUCCUACACAGCUCUGUCACUCACUCACGCACUCUUACAAGCUCUCCCCGGGCACCGACUCCUCUCUCGGAGAUCCUCGCUAGCUCCGCGUUUUGCCAGGUGGACGCACUCCCCGCAGCCACCAUUUCCACCCCGGAGAGUUCCACGCUGGCAGCGCAGCCCCUUCCCAGGCUGAGCAUCGGGCGGAAAACCCUGGUGGCAGCUGCUGUGGGGGUCAUGCUGGUCCUGGUUCUGGUGGUCCUCAUCCCCGUGCUGGUCAGCUCUGUUGGCACGGGCGGGAUAGAGGACAGCGCGAGCCACUACGAGAUGCUGGGUACCUGCCGCAUGGUUUGCGACCCCUUACCCAGCACGGGCACCUCGGGGCCCGGUGUGCACACGGGCACAGUUUCGGCAACCACGAGCCUACAGGUGGAUGAUGAGGAAGACCUGAGUGAUCACAGCAUCGGCCCGGCGCUGCCUACGUACAGUGCUCACGGCCAACAAGGCAAACCAGGGCGCCCCGGGAAGCCCGGACCCCCGGGACCUCCUGGAGAGCCCGGCCCGCCAGGACCUAAGGGACCGCCAGGAGAUGGCGUGGACAUUGUGCGGACGGGGAUUCUAGGUUUAGGAGGUAAAGGCGCAGUGAGCACCACCACCUACAACACCACCCCUCGGGUGGCAUUUUACGCCGGACUACGAAAUCCCCAAGAAGGUUAUGAUAUACUCCGGUUUGACGACGUGGUGACAAAUAUUGGCGGUAACUAUGACGGCGCAACAGGCAAGUUCACCUGCAAGAUCCCUGGUACCUACUUUUUCAUCUAUAAUGUGCUGAUGAGGGGAGGAGACGGCACCAGCAUGUGGGCUGACCUGAUCAAAAAUGGUCUGGUCAGGGCCAGCGCCAUUGCCCAGGAUCAGGACCAGAGUUACGACUACGCCAGCAACAGCGUCAUACUUCACCUGGAUGCAGGCGACGAGGUCUUCGUAAAACUGGACGGGGGCAAGGCUCACGGCGGCAACAGCAACAAGUACAGCACCUUCUCAGGGUUCAUCCUCUAUGCCGACUGAAGACCAGCCAGGGGCUCAGAGGUGAAAGGUCACAGCCAACAGACGUUCACUUUCUGACUUCCACUUUGCUGUUGCGGAGAGGUUGUUGUUCCCCACAACCUCCGAUCCACAGUCUUCACCAGUGUUGACGAGCCGAGCGUUAAUACGGAGGUUCGGACUGUGGAUUUGGGGUUAUCGGUAACUGUCUACCUCCUCAUUCAUGCAUUCCAUUGUAUGCAGGGUGCCUAAGCUGCUGUUCUGAUGGACGUUUGCCACGUAACCGUGUCAGUCACCGCCAUGUGUCAUGCUGAGGUGCAGGAACGAUUGCGACAGCGCAGGAGCCACACCAUCAAUUUUCAGGCUGUCAUUUCAAAUUCGAGUCCGGGGAAAGCCACACUCGUGGUCGACUGCAGUGUUUGUAGAUUGUGCAGUUUAGAUUUGUGUUGAUGUUUUCAAUGCUGUUCGGGUGAUAGGAUGUCGUGCAUUUGUGACCGAGGGGGAGCCAACACCGAUCAGCCACAACAUUACAACCACUGACGGGGGGGAAGUAAAUAACAUUAAGCAUGUUGUGACAAUUUAACGCUCUGCUGGGAAACUUUCGGACCUGGCAUUCAUUCAUGUUGAUG